AUGAGUUUUGUUGAGUACGGAGACACGAUAAAGGAUGGGGACACGGCUAUUGUGUUCCUGGGCCACGAGUCCAUGUUUCCUGUGAAAGUCCAGCAGGGCGCAGUCACCCAGACCAAGUACGGGGUCAUCAGGCACUCCUCGGACCUCAUCGGCAAGAGGUACGGCUCCAAGGUGACCUGCAGCAAGGGAGGGUGGGUGUUUAUCCUUCACCCAACCCCAGAGCUCUGGACCAUGAACCUGCCGCACCGGACGCAGAUUCUGUACUCCACGGACAUCUCCAUCAUCACCAUGAUGCUGGAACUGAAGCCAGGCUCCAUAGUGUGCGAAUCAGGCACAGGCAGUGGCUCCCUGUCCCACGCUCUCAUCAGGACGGUGGCUCCCACCGGGCACCUCUACACCGUGGAGUUCCACCAGCAGCGGGCAGAGAAGGCCAGGGAGGAGUUUCGGGAGCACGGGGUGGAGCAUCUGGUCACCGUCACCAACCAGGACGUCUGCAAGAGCGGCUUCGGCGUCUCCAGCGUCGCAGACGCCGUGUUCCUGGAUAUUCCUUCUCCGUGGGAAGCCAUAGGACACGCCAAGUCGGCGCUAAAAGCCGAAG